CUUAUCAGAAACAUUGUUUGAGUGUGUAGCGUUAAAAACAAAGAAAACUGCGUAAAAGAGUUACGAAGUGUGAAAAAUCCGUUUUACUGUGUUUUCUACGUGCCAGUCGUGAACAGAAUAGUGUUUUCCAGUUCUACAAUUAUUUCUUCUCAUUAACGUACUACAGCUCGCAACAUACGAUGCUCGAUCUCGAAGUUACUCCAGAGCGUUCGCUCGGUUCGACCACCGAGAAUUGGGAAUUUGUUCUCGGAAUGCAUUUUUCUCAAGCAGUUGCCAUCAUACAGUCUCAAGUAGGAAUUAUAAAGGGCGUACAGGUGCUUUAUUCUGAUACGAAUCCGCUUAACGUAGACAUAAUCAUAAAUAUGCCCCAGGAUGGUAUUCGUCUCAUAUUUGACCCGGUGCAGCAACGGUUGAAGACGAUCGAAGUGUUUAACAUGAAGCUGGUCAAGCUAAAGUACUGCUCGAUGACGUUCAACUCGCCCGAGGUUGUGCCAUCGAUCGAAGAGAUUGAACAUUCAUUUGGUGCCACGCAUCCGGGCGUGUACGAUGCCGCCAAGCAGCUGUUUGCGUUGCACUUCCGCGGCUUAAGCUUCUACUUUCCGGUCGACAGCAAGCUGCAGCCCGGUUACGCGCACGGGCUAGGUUCGCUUCACUUUCCCAGCGGUGCCUCACCGGUCGUUUCGAAAAUGGCCAUCUAUUCGGGCGUGAACGUGAUCGAUAGCCGUCCACCACCGCUCCCGCUUUCCUGCUACCAUCAGCAGCUCUAUCUGGAGGCCGCGACAGUGCUGCGCAGUAGUGCGCACGGUACCCGUGGUCUGCGGUUGCAGCUGUACACGGAAGGCUCGAUCCGAUCGCUGGAACCUAGGAAGCAGUGCCUAACGCGGGAAAUUUUGUUCGGCGACAGCUGCCAGGAUGUGGCAAGCAAUCUUGGUGCACCGUCGCGGGUAUUUUUCAAAAGUGAAGAUAAAAUGAAAAUCCAUUCCCCGAGCGCCCACCGACGUGUUCAAUCGAAGCGGAGUGAUUUCUUCUUUAACUACUUUACGCUCGGCAUCGACGUGCUGUUCGAUGCGCGUACGCACAAAACGAAAAAAAUCAUUAUGCAUACGAACUUUCCGGGCCACUACAAUUUCAACAUGUACCAUCGGUGCGAGUUUCAGCUGGAGCUGGCAGCGGACAAGGUCACCGAAGACGCCCCACUGGAUGCACCGGUUACGAUAACGGCCUACUCCAAGUGGGACACAAUAGCGUCCCGUCUAGCACCGGCCGAGCGGCCCGUUGUGCUGCAUCGGGUUGGUUCGACCAACACGGCGAACGUGUUCGGUUCGACGUUCAGCUACGGGUACCAGGACAUCAUUUUCGAGGUAAUGCCGAACAAUUACAUCGCCUCGGUUACGCUCUACCAACCGGCAACCCCUUACCAUGUGGCCGAUUGGAAUACCACGACCAUCGCCACCACUACCACGUUCCCAGCCGGUCACAGUAGUAGCUACGGAAGUAGCAGCAGCAGCAGCAGUAGCAGUGGCCGGAACGUACUGCUCCAGGAUGCCAAGCCAAACCAGGCCAACAUGCGCAUUACCGCAUGACCGACAAAGACGAUGACCGGACGAGGUGGUGAAACAACCGGUGGCAACCACCGGGGAAAU